AUGUGUGGCAUUUUCGGAUACAUUAACUACCUCGUUGAGAGGGACCGCAAAUAUAUCCUUGAUACUUUGCUCAAUGGUCUAUCGAGACUUGAAUACCGUGGAUACGACUCUGCCGGACUUGCAAUUGAUGGUGACAAGAAGAAUGAAGUCUGUGCUUUUAAAGAGGUUGGCAAGGUUGCAAAGUUGAAAGAGCUUAUCGAAGAGUCGAAACCCGACCUUACUAAGACCUUUGAAUCUCAUGCUGGUAUCUCUCAUACACGCUGGGCCACCCACGGAACACCAUCUCGUCAGAACUGCCACCCACAUAGGUCCGACUUGAACUGGGAGUUCGCUGUCGUUCACAAUGGUAUCAUCACCAACUACAAGGAGCUUAAAGCUCUACUGGAGAGUAAAGGCUUCCGGUUUGAAACAGAGACAGACACUGAGUGUAUCGCCAAGCUCACGAAAUAUCUUUACGACCAACAGCCAGACAUCGAGUUUACAGUACUGGCCAAGGCUGUUGUUAAGGAGCUUGAGGGUGCCUUUGGUCUUCUCAUCAAAUCCGUGCACUACCCUCAUGAAGUCAUCGCUGCCCGUAAAGGGUCUCCCUUGGUCAUCGGUGUCCGCACAUCCAAGAAAAUGAAGGUUGAUUUCGUGGACGUCGAGUUCUCCGAAGACGGUGCCCUUCCGGCUGAGCAGGCUUCUCAAAACGUAGCCAUCAAAAAGUCCGCCACCGGGCUCCUCGCUCCCCCUGACAAGUCCCUCCUGCAUCGUUCUCAGUCUCGUGCUUUCCUGUCUGACGAUGGUGUCCCCCAGCCGGCAGAAUUUUUCCUGUCUUCCGACCCAUCGGCGAUUGUCGAACAUACGAAGAAGGUCCUUUACCUUGAGGAUGAUGAUAUAGCUCAUAUCCACGAGGGCCAGCUCAACAUUCACCGUCUGACCAAAGAUGAUGGAACCUCCAAUGUCCGCGCCAUUCAGACAAUCGAACUCGAGUUGCAGGAGAUCAUGAAAGGAAAAUUCGACCAUUUCAUGCAAAAGGAGAUUUUUGAGCAACCAGAAUCCGUGGUCAACACCAUGAGAGGUCGACUGGAUGUUGCGAACAAGCAGGUCACGCUCGGCGGGCUUCGACAGUACAUUUCUACCAUUCGGCGGUGCAGAAGAAUCAUCUUCGUUGCUUGCGGAACGAGCUACCAUUCGUGUAUGGCUGUGCGUGGAGUUUUCGAAGAGCUUACUGAGAUUCCUAUCUCCGUUGAGCUUGCCUCCGAUUUUCUAGACAGACAGGCGCCUAUUUUCCGCGAUGACACGUGUGUCUUUGUUUCCCAAUCUGGAGAGACUGCGGAUUCACUUAUGGCACUUCGGUAUUGUCUCGAAAGAGGUGCCUUGACUGUCGGUAUUGUGAAUGUUGUGGGUUCCUCUAUCUCGCUCUUGACCCAUUGCGGUGUUCACAUCAAUGCGGGUCCUGAGAUCGGCGUUGCUUCAACCAAGGCUUAUACCUCACAAUUCGUGGCCAUGGUCAUGUUUGCCCUUUCGUUGAGCGAAGACCGCGCUUCCAAGCAAAAGAGACGCGAAGAGAUCAUGGAGGGACUUUCCAAGAUCUCCGACCAGUUCAGAGAGAUCCUGAAACUUAACGAGCCUAUCAAGCAAAUGUGCGAAAAGUUUUUCAAGGACCAGAAGAGUUUGCUUCUGCUUGGUAGAGGUGGCCAAUUUCCUACGGCCCUUGAAGGCGCGUUGAAAAUCAAGGAAAUCUCCUACCUCCACUGCGAAGCUGUCAUGUCGGGUGAAUUGAAGCACGGUGUUCUUGCUUUAGUCGACGAGAACCUGCCAAUCAUCAUGAUUCUCACCAGAGACAACAUCUUCAUCAAGUCUUUGAAUGCUUACCAGCAAGUUAUCGCCCGUGGAGGUCGCCCUAUCGUCAUCUGCAACCACGAUGAUCCGGAGUUUUCUUCAGCUCAGACGGAGAAGAUUGAAGUCCCUAAGACAGUCGACUGUCUCCAAGGGCUUAUCAAUGUCAUCCCCCUUCAGCUAAUCGCUUAUUGGCUUGCGGUCACAGAGGGUUUGAAUGUUGAUUUCCCUCGGAACCUGGCCAAAUCGGUGACCGUCGACAUUUUGCACAUGCCUUGUUGCUUGACACUGAUCCCUGUAGGCUCGGGGCUCAGAAUUGCAAUUGUUCACGCGCGGUGGAACAUGGAGAUAAUCGGCCCUCUUGUUGACGGGGCCAAACGAAGCCUCCUCUCAGCCGGAGUUCUGGAGGAGAAUAUAUCAUUGCAUACCGUCCCAGGCAGCUAUGAGUUGCCCUAUGCAGCGCAGCGGAUAUAUGCCGCCUCGCAGAUUCAAGCUGCCAGAAGCUCGGCGUCUGCUCAGGCCAUCAGCGCCACGGACUUGCUUUCUUCUUCGUCUGCAGACCUUGCAAACCAAUCUACUCAGCCUCCAUCUACUGAUACGCCCCAGCCAUUCGAUGCCAUAAUUGCGAUAGGUGUUUUGAUCAAAGGGGAAACCAUGCAUUUCGAAUACAUUGCCGAUGCUGUGACUCACGGACUGAUGCGCGUCCAGCUAGAGACGGGCGUGCCUGUCAUAUUUGGCGUACUUACUGUACUGAACGAGGAACAAGGCCUGGAAAGAGCCGGAUUGGGUAAAAAGGGCAUGCAUAACCAUGGUGAAGAUUGGGGCAAUGCAGCCGUAGAACUCGGAGCAAAGAGAAGAGACUGGGCUGAAGGCAGAAACAUUUAG